ACAGGUUAAUUAAAUGGAAGCCUUAACUACCGUCGGAGGAGCUCUUCUAGCAGCUACAUUUCAAUGGUUAUUCGCAAAGUUGGAUUCUACCCAAUUACUAAACUUUGCAAAACAGGAUCAAGUUGGACUGGAGCUUAAGAAGUGGAGGAAUUUGAUGUUGAAAAUCCAAGCAGUACUCGAAGAAGCCGAAACGAAGCAAAUCACUGAUCCCCUGGUGAAAAUCUGGGUUUCCGAGGUUAGAGAUUUGGCUUUCGACAUGGAAGAUAUCUUGGAUGACGCAGCAUCCUUUGGCAACUCCAUUUCAAAUCCUGAACAAACUCCAACAAACAAUUCAUUGAACAUGUUCCGUGCUUGUUUCACUGGUGCAAGCCGAAGCAAUUCUAUGCCGGACUAUGGAGACAGAAGCAAGAUAAAAGAUAUCACUGACAGAUUGCAUUGCAUUUCAUCAGAGAUUAACGGUCUUUGUUUGAAUUUGACGAAGGUGGCUAGAGGAGACGUAUCCAAGUCCAACAGACUACAGGAGAAAAGGCUAACUACUUCUUUGAAUGAAGGUCAUGUCUAUGGUAGGGAAACUGAGAAGGAAGAAAUUCUUCAAUGGCUUCUCGGGGGUGAUGAAAAUGGAGUAUCUGUAAUGCCCGUAGUUGGGAUGGGAGGAAUGGGCAAGACGACAUUGGCUCAACUUGUUUAUAACGAUGAAAGGGUUACCAAUCUUUUUGCCAUCAAAGCUUGGGUUUUUGUUUCGGAACAGCUCGAUCUUAUAACAGUGACAAGAAUAAUUCUGGAGAAAGUUUCGUCCAAUUCAUAUGAAUGUUUGAGUGAUCUAGAUUCACUUCAAAUAAGGCUGAAAGAGGAGUUAUGGGGGAAGAAAUUCUUAUUCGUUUUUGAUGAUGUUUGGAAUGAAAGUUACCAGCAGUGGGAUCUCCUGAGAAGACCCUUCACAUCAGGGGCACAUGGAAGUAGAAUCAUAGUUACUACUCGCCAUUGCAGGGUCGCAUCGAUGGUGGGAAAUGUUGCAGCUUAUCACCUGCAAGCACUGCCAUACGAUGAAUGCUUGUCAUUGUUUGCUCAACAUGCAUUAGGAAAGAGCGAUUUCAGUGCACAUCCGAAUGUCGAAGAAAUCGGACAAGGAAUAGUAAGAAGGUGUAAAGGAUUACCGUUGGCUGUGAAAACCCUUGGAGGACUUCUGCGUGGUAAGCGAAGUUGUGAUGAAUGGAAAGACAUAUUGAAUAGCAAGCUAUGGGAUUUACCAGAUGAAGGGAAUGACAUUCUUCCAGCUCUAAGAUUGAGCUAUCAUCAUCUUCCAUCUCAUUUGAAACAAUGCUUUGCUUAUUGUGCUAUAUUUCCCAAAGGCUAUGAGUUCAACAAAGAUGAGUUAGUUUUCCUGUGGAUGGCAGAGGGGCUUGUUCUACAGAAGCCGAAAGGAACGAAGCAAAUGGAAGACUUAGGCCAUGAAUAUUUCCUUGAUUUGGUAUCAAGAUCAUUUUUCCAGCAGGCAAGUAACAAGGAAUCACGGUUCAUGAUGCAUGAUAUCAUCAACGACCUAGCUCAAUUUAUUGCUGGAGAAACCUGCUACAGUUUUACAGAUAAGGUUAAGCAUGCCAAAAGAUCGAAUGAAAGCUUUGAGAAGGUCCGUUACUCGUCUUUUAUGAAGCACAACUAUGACACCUCUCAAAGAUUCAGAUCGUCUUACCAGAUGACGAGGUUGAGAACAUUCCUAUCCUUUUCCCAGUUCUCACAUUCCUUUCGCAGCUUUUUAUCUAAUGGUGUGCUGCAUGAUUUUCUGCCAAAAAUGAGAUACUUGAGGUCAUUAUCCCUUUGUGACUAUAACAUCGAAAGGCUUCCAGAGUCGAUAGGUGAAUUGAAGCAUUUGAGAUAUCUUAACUUAUCUCAUUGUAUGAUAAAAUGUCUACCAGAAUCUAUGACAUUCCUUUUAUACUUGCAAACAUUGAUCUUACACAGGUGCUAUAAGCUCACCAGGUUGCCUGAAACAAUUGGGAAUCUGAUGGAUCUUCGGCAUCUCAAUAUCUCACACACAACAGCUUUAAAAGAGAUGCCAUCGGGGAUAGGUAGACUGAGAAAUCUGUUGACACUGCCUAAAUUUGUUGUUGGGGAAGUUGAUGGAUUGAGGCUAAGAGAAUUGAAUGGCCUAUCACAUCUCAGAGAUCAGUUAUCUAUUCUGCAACUGCAUAACGUGUCGGAUGUACAAGAUGCAAGGCAUGCCAAUCUUAAUGAAAAGAAGAGCCUCCGUGACUUGAAGCUAGAAUGGAGUUGUGAUUUUCAUCGCUCAAGAAAUGAAACCAGAGAGAUGCAAGUUCUUAACAUGUUAAAACCUCAUCAAAACCUGCAAAAUUUAACAAUUAAAUUUUGUGGAGCAAAAGAAUUCCCUUCAUGGAUAGGUGAUCCAUUGUUUUCUAAGGUAACAAACUUGGAGCUUUACCAUUGUCCAAGAAUUGCUUCCCUUCCGUCUCUUGGACGAUUGCCGUCUUUGAAAAUACUGAUCAUAAAAGGCAUGGUUGCAGUAAAAACUGUGGGCCUUGAGUUCUAUGGCUGUGUCUCUUCUUCCAUUGAUGCUUUUCCUUCUCUAAAGAUUCUAAGAUUUGAAGAUAUGUUAGUUUGGGAGGAAUGGUCUUCAUCAGUUGUUGGCAUUGAACUUCAAAGGUCUCGGCAAUUCGAACGCCUUCAUGAGCUUCAAAUUUACAACUGUCCAAAGUUGGUAGGCAAAUUGCCAACCAAUCUUCCAUCACUUGUAAAACUUGAGAUUCACAGAUGCCCGCAGUUAACAUAUUCAUCGGUAAGUCUUCCAUCUCUUAGAAAACUGAACCUGGAAGAGUGUAAUGAGAUGAUUUUCCGAAGCAUGGUUCAUCUCACACGUCUUAGGUCAUUGAAAAUGAGCAACAUUUCUCAUCUAGCUUGUUUGCCAAAUGCGUUCAAACAAGACAUGAUAGCACUUGAGGAUCUGAAGAUCGAAGAAUGCACUGAACUGACAUCCUUGUGGGAGGAUAAAAGCAAUACAGACAACCUAGUUUGCCUUAAUCGUAUUGUGAUCAAGAAGUGUCCCAUGUUUGAGCCUUUGGGAGGGGAAGAUCACCAACUUGUCCCAUCACACAAUCUUGAAGCUUUGGAGAUACUUGAUUGCAACAACCUUAGGAGGCUACCUAAUGAGUUAUUUAACAUCUCAUGUCUUAGAAUAUUGAGACUAAAAGGGUGCAAAGAGCUCAAGUCAUUGCAUGCGGUAAUGAAGAUGGAUGGUGAAAGCAAUGGCAACAUCAUGCAUCUUGAAAAGAUGGAGAUAAGAAAUUGCCCUUCUCUCAAGUCUUUUCCAAGAGGCAAAUUACCAACUUCACUCAAGAAGUUAGUCAUUGAAGACUGUGAGGUCCUUCAAGUUCUGCCCCAAGGAAUAAUGUCUUAUGGUGAUGAUGAUGACAACCCGCAUCUCCAAGAAGUAACCGUUAGAAACUGCCCUUCUCUCAGAUCCUUUCCAAGUGGCAGAUUUCCUACUUCUCUAAAGACAUUUCUGAUUGAAGAUUGUGAGCUCCUUCAAGCCUUACCAGAGGGACUGAUGUGCGACAAUGACAAUAUGUUGCACUUAGAGGAUCUUAAAAUGCAAGGACUUCCAUCUUUGAUGUUCUUCCCAAAUGGACAACUUCCAAAAACUCUUAAGAGUCUCGUCGUGUUUAAUUGCAGAAGAUUGGAGUCAUUUCCAGAAAGGAUCUUGCAACGCAGUAAGGCACUUGAAACCAUUGAAAUUUCUCACUGUACCAAUCUACAAGCCUUGCCAUUUGACUGCUUCAACAACCUACCUAGCCUGAGCACGUUGGUAAUAAGUGGUUGCCAUGGUUUAGAAUCCUUUCCAGAGGCUCAGCUGUUAACUCCUAAUCUCAAAUUUCUAAGGAUAAAUAGAUGCAAGAAUCUCAAGUCCCUUCCUAAUGCCAUGCACAGUCUCAGGUCUCUUAAAGAGCUGAAAGUAAAGAGUUGUCCCAGUAUAGUGGCCAUUCCUGAAGGAGGUUUGCCUCCAAAUCUGUCACUUCUUUUCAUUGAUUGUGAGAAUCUAAAGCAACCCAUGUCUGAAUGGGGCUUGGACACGCUCGGCUAUCUUCACCGCUUAUGGAUCCAUUGGAUGUGUCCUCCAGAGAAUGUUCUUCCUACUUCAUUGACUGAGCUUUACAUUAGAAAUGUAGGUGAUCUAAAAUCUUUACCUCAAGGGCUCCUUCAAAACCUGUCAUCUCUUCAAGUCUUGGAUAUUUCUCGGUGCCAUCUGCUUCAGGCUUUGCCCAAGCAAGGCCUUCCUCCCUCUCUUGGGUCGCUCAGGAUUGAUGACUGUCCACUUUUGCGACAUUGGUGCUUGGAGAACAGAGAUUCUAGGCGUAUUAUAGCCCACAUCCCUUGCCUUUGGAUAGAUUAAGAUCAACAGGUCCAACAAUUAG